CGCGGGCGGGCGCGGCCGGGAGGACUGAGGGAAAGGCACACGCGCUGCCGGAAGUGGGCGCGCGGCUCUCGCGGUCCGGACCGUGGCGGCAGAGCUGAGGGGUCGCCAUGGAGCAACUUGACCCGGACGCUGCCGGCGAAGAUGCCAUGGACUCGUUCCUGGAAAAGUUCCAGAGCCAGCCUUACCGUGGCGGCUUCCACGAGGACCAGUGGGAGGAGGAAUUUGAAAAGGUCCCCCUAUUUAUGAAGAAAGCGCCAUCUGAAAUUGAUCCCAACGAGAAUCCUGACUUGGCUUGCCUUCAGUCAAUUAUUUUUGAUGAAGAGCGAUCUCCAGAAGAACAGGCCAAGACCUAUAAGGAUGAAGGCAAUGAUUACUUUAAAGAAAAAGACUAUAAAAAAGCUGUGAUUUCGUACACUGAAGGAUUAAAGAAGAAAUGCACAGACCCUGAUUUGAAUGCUGUCCUUUAUACCAACCGGGCAGCAGCACAGUACUAUCUAGGCAAUUUUCGUUCUGCUCUCAAUGAUGUGACAGCUGCCAGAAAGCUAAAGCCCUGCCACCUCAAAGCAAUAGUAAGAGGUGCCUUAUGCCAUCUGGAACUGAAAAACUUUGCUGAGGCUGUGAACUGGUGUGAUGAAGGGUUGCAGAUUGAUGCCAGAGAGAAGAAGCUUCUGGAAAUGAGGGCUAAAGCAGACAAGCUGAAGAGAACUGAGCAGAGGGAUGUCAGGAAAGCAAAGUUGAAAGAAAAGAAGGAGCAGAAUCAGAACAAGGCUUUACUCCAGGCCAUCAAGGCUAGGAACAUCAGGCUAGUCUCUGAAGCUGCUGGUCAGGAUGAAGAUUCAGACUCAGAAGGUCUAGGUGAGCUUUUCCUGGAUGGGCUCAGCUCGGAGAACCCCUAUGGAGCCAGGCUGAAUGUAGACGAGCAGGGCGGGUUAAGCUGGCCUGUGCUCUUUCUGUACCCGGAGCACGCCCAGUCGGACUUCAUUGCUACUUUUCACGAGGACUCCAGGUUUAUUGAUCAUCUAAUGGUGAUGUUUGGUGAAACGCCCUCUUGGGACUUAGAGCGGAAAUACUGCCCUGAUAAUUUAGAGGUCUACUUCGAGGAUGAAGACGGGACAGAACUCUACCGGGUGCCUCUCAAGAGCACACUACUGCAGGUGCUGCAGCACCCCAGCUUUGGGGUGUUCUUGGACCAUAAAGGAAUCCCCUCAGUGGAUCUGUAAGUUGACUCUUGGACUAUUUUCCCCUAAGCUUUGAGCAAAGCAAAUGCUCUUGCAUUUAGGCUAAAGGAGCCCGAUGUAUUGGGCAUGAGGGUGGUUGGGCAUGGUAGGAAAGAGGCUGGAGAGCUGGGCUAGGGCCAUUCACGGAAGCCUCGAAUGCCCUGCUCAGGAGCAUGCUUUAUCCUGAUAGUGGUAUAUGGAGCCACAGAGGAUGUGUAGGUAAAAUUUAUAGAGUAGUGUAUAGAUUUUAUGUGUACUAGUUGAUGGUGAAGCAUGAGGUGCGGGGUGGAUUGGCAAAGAGAUUUCAGAGGCAGACUGGAUGGGAAUUGGUGAUGUGGUGACUGACCUGGUAGGAGAUCCAGCUGGUCUCUUGAUGCUUCUGCUUUGGCUUGUCAGGCAGGAGGUGAAAAUUUCUUCAGAUAUGAAUGAUGACUUCUCUUAGUAGGGUUUUUUUUUUCUGGCACUAAAUCUCCGUUCUAGUUUAUAGACAAAUUUUUUCCAUUAUUUAGUGAAUUAUUACCAUAAUUCUUUAAAGGCCUGAGGUCCACUCUGCCCAUCUCCAAAAAAUGGGGGAGAAAUCUAAACAAAGUAGAUCUGUGGAGGAAAGCCAAUUUCAUGCUUCUCAGAACACGUAAAUGCUGCUGGAAAUGUUUACUUCUUAAAUGACUGGCAUAGUGAGAGGCUACUCGGGGCAGGAUUCUGGCAACUUCAGGCCCUGAACUGAGUGGAGCUAAGAUAGAGCUCCCGCCCCCCCUUGGUCCAGAUCCAAGCACACUGGGUAAUGCAAACACUCUUCAGUCUGGGAGGCUAAAGCCUUGCCUACCUCUCCGACCUGCCCCACUCCACUUGCUUUUUGCCCCAACAACAGCAAAUGCUCUGGUGCCGUGCACUUCCUCACUUUUGCGCCCCUGUGCCUCAUCACUACCCCUAUUCUAAAUUAAAGUCAAGAUGGACAAGGCAUCUUCCAGGAAGCUUUUCUUGAUUCCCCUUCCCUACGGAGGGAAUCAUGCCCUUUGGACUAACGCUGUACCUCACAAAUGCUUCUGCGAUUGUUUUUGUUGUCAUUAAUUGAUUACUUAUCUCCCUCCCCUCAGGACUUGAAAGCAGGGAUGAUGGGUUUUGUUUUUAGCACAGGGCCCAAGUUACCCUGGGCAUGCACUGUUGAAUGAAGGAAUGAAUGAAUGAAAGCAAACAAGCAUGUUCUUAUACUUUGAUUUCAUGUUUAGCCACAGGCAUACAUGAUGCUAGAGGAUUGGCCCAAAUGUUCUGGCUAGGUUGUAGGGGGGAGAGGAUCAUGCUAAUUUGACAGAUAUGUAAACAACCAAAAAAAUAAGUGUGCUAAACUUGCAUUUUAAUGUUGACUCACAUCCAAAGGUUCACCUUGAAUGUGGUUGGGGAGGUGCCUGGAUGAUUAAGAUCAAAAUUCAAUUAACCCCUUCUUCUGUUGUGU